AUGGGUCUCAGAGUGCAGUGGAUAAAGGAAACCACUACCCUUCUGGACGUAACUGACAAACCUCCUGACUUGCAUGUGAAGCCACCCCGGAGCGCCCUUCUGGACGUAGCUGAAAAACCUCCUGACUUACAUGUGAAGCCACAGCAGAGCGCCGUUCUGGACGUACCUGACAAACCUCCCUACUUACAUAUGAAGCCACAGCAGAACGCCCUUCUGGACGUACCUGACAAACCUCCUAACUUGCAUGUGAAGCCACAGCAGAGCGCCCUUCUGGAUGUACCUGACAAACCUCCUGACUUGCAUGUGAAGCCACAGCAGAGCACCCUUCUGAAUGUACCUGACAAACCUCCUGACUUGCAUGUGAAGCCACAGCAGACCGCCCUUCUGGACGUACCUGACAAACCUCCCUUCUUACAUGUGAAGCCACAGCAGACCGCCCUUCUGGACGUACCUGACAAACCUCCUGACUUGCAUGUGAAGCCACAGCAGAGCACCCUUCUGAACGUACCUGACAAACCUCCUGACUUGCAUGUGAAGCCACAGCAGACCGCCCUUCUGGACGUACCUGACAAACCUCCCUUCUUACAUGUGAAGCCACAGCAGAGCACCCUUCUGAACGUACCUGACAAACCUCCUGACUUGCAUGUGAAGCCACAGCAGACCGCCCUUCUGGACGUACCUGACAAACCUCCCUUCUUACAUGUGAAGCCACAGCAGAGCACCCUUCUGAACGUACCUGACAAACCACCUGACUUGCAUGUGAAGCCACAGCAGAGCACCCUUCUGAACGUACCUGACAAACCACCUGACUUGCAUGUGAAGCCACAGCAGAGCACCCUUCUGAACGUACCUGACAAACCUCCUGACUUGCAUGUGAAGCCACAGCAGACCGCCCUUCUGGACGUACCUGACAAACCUCCCUUCUUACAUGUGAAGCCACAGCAGAGCACCCUUCUGAACGUACCUGACAAACCUCCUGACUUGCAUGUGAAGCCACAGCAGAGCACCCUUCUGAACGUACCUGACAAACCACCUGACUUGCAUGUGAAGCCACAGCAGAGCACCCUUCUGAACGUACCUGACAAACCUCCUGACUUGCAUGUGAAGCCACAGCAGACCGCCCUUCUGGACGUACCUGACAAACCUCCCUUCUUACAUGUGAAGCCACAGCAGAGCACCCUUCUGAACGUACCUGACAAACCUCCUGACUUGCAUGUGAAGCCACAGCAGACCGCCCUUCUGGACGUACCUAACAAACCUCCCUUCUUACAUGUGAAGCCACAGCAGAGCGCCCUUCUGGACGUACCUGACAAACCUCCUGACUUGCAUGUGAAGCCACAGCAGACCGCCCUUCUGGACGUACCUGACAAACCUCCCUUCUUACAUGUGAAGCCACAGCAGAGCGCCCUUCUGGACGUACCUGACAAACCUCCAGAGUUACAUGUGAAGCCACAGCAGAGCGCCCUUCUGGACGUACCUGACAAACCUCCUGACUUACAUGUAAAGCCACAGCAGAGCACCCUUCUGGACGUACCUGACAAACCUCCUGACUUACAUGUGAAGCCACAGCAGUGCACCCUUCUGGAUGUAGCUGACAAACCUCCCGAGUUACAUGUGAAGCCUCAGCAGAGCGCCUUCUGGAUGUAG